UACAAAAGACGCAGACGGGAACCAUCCAUGACCAUAGACUGGAGGUCAAAAGACCGGAUCUGUUUUGCAGUCUGCAGCUUUUCCCGGGAAUGAUUCGGUGAAGGAGUUUUUGCAAACGGUGGAUGACACAAGUCAGUGUUAGCACUGAACUGAGCCCAAAACGUAGACGAUUUGGGCCAACAACACGUAAAUUCAGUGACUUACAAUUUUGAAGACCAGUAUGGAGAGGCGACAAGUACCAGCACAAUUUCACUUCCGCGUCAUGGAACCGCUUCAUCCUCCACCUCGCCAGAAUGUCGACAGAGGGCGCUACGGCCCAGCCGGGCUACACAAGUAUCGCCAAGGAAAUACCCCAAACGGCUUCGAGAACAGUGGUGUUGGCAGGGCAAUGGGUGGGGGGCUGGGGUAUAGCAGCGGCCCCGGGGUUGCUGGGGGUGGCCCCGUCAAAUUCGUUCGGAACCCCAAAUUUCCGAAGAGCUUGUACGAUGUGGAGAUGAGCCUGAGACAGGUUAUCAAGGACAAGCCGGUCAAGAUCACUCCCGGCAUGUCAUUCCCAGAUCCUAAAUCCAGAAAGUCCAUCAGCAACCCGAAGGCUCCCCGGGUUGAAUACGAGUUCGAACCGUCUCGAGACGACUAUAACUUCAUUUACAACCCCCUAGCAGGUGCUAAUGCCCCUGGUGACGACACUGGCGGUGUGGUGAAGGAGCGGUACAUCGACGCCGUGGGUUACGACAGCAGCGACGAUAGUGACGAUAACGACGAGUUUGACUGGCGAGUCCAGGACUACGACAGCCAGUCGACCAAUUCUGAUGGCGAUGACAGUGACGGUGGCACGGAGGUAGCAUUACCACAUGAGGACGACAGGGAAGCGCUGUACGCACACGCCAGGCCAAAGGCCCACCGCGUCCGGCAGGCGCAAGGGAUGGAGACCCAGCCGCCGGCAUUUGAGCCUCAGCCCCCACCGCCCCGAGCUCCCGUGGACCCGAUUUUGGUGAUUCCUCGUGCGGUGGUACGAGAGGAAGAAUCUUAUCGCGAGCACCGACACCGGAACGGGAGCAAGAACGGGCUGGGACCCACACCUGAUGAUAACAACAAUGUUGGUGAAUAAACUGACGAUAGUUUUGUCACCAUUUCGUGAAUGGGGUUUUUGCCUGGCUUGAUUAUUAAUAUCCAGUAAAAGGUCUCGUGUACUUAGACAAAUCAAAAGAAGCUCGAUUUGACGCCGUCGUAGACCCUACUAUAGAUAACAUUCUAUGUUGCAAUUUAAUGCAAGCUAGGUUUUUUUAAAUAUUAAUUCCUUCAUUACCCAGAGAGAUGGGGGGAGUGGAAUCCACCCCUAAACAUUUUUCCCGAUAUUAUCGCAGUGCAUUUUUUCACGAGUGAAGUUUUUAGGAUUGUAACUCUUUGCGGUCAUUUUGACACCAAACAGACAUACUGUUUUCGCGCUGUGCGCAUUUUUCGGAGACGAAUCAAGCUAAUUUGUAUCGGUGUUUAGUGCACGUUGGCUGGCAUACAUGUAGCCUUGAAUUUCAAAUGACCACCACCAAAAAAAAAAUGUUUGAUUGAAUUCAAACGUCACAUUUAUAAUUAUAAGGAGUUAUAUGUUAAAUAUUAUAAAGUUUCAAAAAAAUCGAGCGAUUCAUCACAGCUGGGUUCUUAGGGAAGUGCGGAAUCACCCCCCAGUUGUGAGAUGCAUUUGUCCAAAAUAUUUCGGCUCUUUUAGGGUAAAAGACAGUGUUGACUUACGUUAAUAUUGACGUUGUGCUGUGUCCGACAAUGGUGUUGGUUAUAAAGAAAAAAGAAUGAAAAAGGUUCUAAAAACUGAAGAAAAAGCAUCAACACUAAGUAUAGAAAGUAGAUAUUAAAGUUACAAAUUGCAUUUAAAAUUUACAAAAAAUACGUUAUUUGUAAAGAGGAUCGCUGUGGUGUUUGUUGUUAAUAAAGGAAGUACUGUUUAUUAAAAUAAGAAAAUACCUCGUCAGAUUUACAUUGAAGUGGCUGUGAACAAACAACCGUAUUAAACAAUACCGUAAUGCUAGAAAAACAUCAAAAGUCAUGAAUGCAAAUCGAAAUCAAUUUACUUCCUGGAAAGGGAAUUGCAAAUUUCAAACUGUUAAAAAAGGAGGAGUGAAAUUAUUCAGUUUAUUUACCAUAGGCAUACAAUGCAAGAAUAAAAAACUUACAUUCUUGGAUCACUGUCAGAACUAUACCUGUUUAGACUAAGCUCCAAAUCUCACUUGCUGUACUAGUUAAAGAAUUUUUAACCAGAUUAAAUGAUCAGUAGGGAGUUUA